AUGCUCGCCGGCCUCAUCUGCUUGGCACUUGUGGUGCAGGGUCAUGCCUGGGCGCGCAUUUCGGUGACGGUCGGCGGGGAGGAACUGUCGGAUAAGAGCAUCCAGGACAAGGAGAAGGAGCUUGCCAAGGCAAACCCACACUUCGGAAAGCUUGACACCAUCGGCGAGUGCUGCGGCGACCAGAAAAGCGAGGCGGAUGUGGUGCGCAAUGCGAUCAAUACGAACGAUGUCUACGGCUCCAGUGGCGAAGUCCAGAAGGACAUCUUCUCGAGGACGUCGUGCCGCCACAUCACCGACGCGGCGGGAGCCUUGGGGAACGCGGACUGCUCCUACGUCUACAUCUUCGAGAACGACCUCCACGCCGAUCACGAGUUUGCCGCCAACUGCGUUCCCUCCACCAUCUGCAAGGAGGACGUGGUGGGCAUGACCGAGGGAAAGGUGGCCACGUACGGGGUCGUCAUGCAGAUCUUGCAGCAGAACCUCGGGAAGUUGCAGGGCAUCUGGAAGGGUCCCAUGGACGCCUGCAGUGACGGCAUGACCAGGGUCAAUCGGGGCGACCUCAACGGCCUGUGGAAAGAGGAGAGAAUGGUGAAGCUCGGCGGCGAGCUGAACUUCAUCUACUCUGCAUUGACAGGCGGCAAGAGCGAUGCCAUGAAGAGGAGUCUCGCCUGCCUUGAGUCUUUCCUUUUCAAAGCGUUUUUCGGAGGGAGGCGUCUAAACGGGUGA